AUGCGGGUCCUCCUGGUGCUCGCAGCCCUCGCGGGAGCCGCGGGCGCCGAGCGGCGAUUCCAGGGGGACCAGGUCCUGCGGAUCACGGCCCGGGACGAGGAGCAGCUGGCCCUGCUGAGGGGGCUGGGAGAGCAGGACGAGCUCCAGGUGGAUUUCUGGCGUCCCCCCUCCCGCCCUGGCCACCCCACCGACCUGAGGGUGCCCUUCCCCAGCCUGCAGGCAGUCAAAGGCUUCCUGGAGAGCCACAGCUUCUCCUACAGCGUCAUGAUUGAGGACGUGCAGGAGUUACUGGAUGAGGAGAGGGAAGCCAUGGUGAGGGCCAGGAGGGUCAAGAGAAGCUCCAGGACGUUCGAUUUCGGCUCUUACCACACCCUGGACGAGAUCUAUGCCUGGAUGGACACCCUGGUGGAGGAUCACCCCGGGCUCGUCAGCAAGAUCCAGAUCGGGCAGAGCUACGAGGGCAGAGCCCUCUUCGUGCUCAAGUUCAGCACCGGGGGCUCUGCCCGGCCGGCCGCCUGGGUGGACACCGGGAUCCACGCCCGGGAGUGGGUCACCCAGGCCACCGGCGUCUGGACGGCCAACAAGAUCGCAGAGGCCUACGGGCAGGACCCCUCGCUCACGGCCAUCCUGGACACCAUGGACAUCUUCCUGGAGAUCGUGGCCAACCCCGACGGCUUCGCCUACACCCACAGCGCCAACCGCCUGUGGCGCAAGAACAGGUCCCUCAACGCCGGGUCCCACUGCGUGGGCGUCGACCCCAACAGGAACUGGGCCGUGGGGUUUGGAGGUGCUGGCUCCAGCAGCAAUCCCUGCUCCGACACCUUCCACGGCCCCUUCCCGCACUCUGAGAGGGAGGUCAAGGCCAUCGUGGACUUCAUCCGCGGCCAUGGGGACGUCAGGUCCGUCAUCUCCAUCCACAGCUACUCCCAGAUGCUGCUUUUCCCCUAUGGAUACACGGCAGCGCCCUCGCCCGACCACCAGGAGCUGAACGAGCUGGCCAAGAAGGCCGUGAGCGCCUUGGCCGCCGUGUACGGCACCAAAUACACCUUCGGCAGCAUCGCCACCACCAUCUACCCGGCCGGAGGCACCACUGUCGACUGGGCCUACAAGCUGGGGGUGAAAUAUUCCUUCAGCCUGGAGCUGCGGGACACGGGGCAGCACGGCUUCCUCCUGCCCUCCAGCCACAUCCUGCCCACGGCCACCGAGACAUGGCCUGCCCUGCUGGCCAUCCUGGGCCACAGCCUGGAGCAGCCCCGCUGAGCCACCCCCUCCCCAGUGAACCCCCUGGCACUCCUGUCUCCCUCACCUAAUGAACCCCCUGGGCACUCCUGGUUCCUUCCCCCAAUAAACCCCCUGGGCACUCCUGGUUCCUUCACCCAAUAAAUCCCCUGGGCACUCCUGGUUCCUUCCCCCAAUAAACCCCCUGGGCACUCCUGGCUCCCUCACCCAAUGAACCCCCUGGGCACUCCUUCCCCCAAUGAACCCCCUGGCACUCCUGGCUCCUUCCCCCAAUGAAUCCCCUGGGCACUCCUGGCUUCUUCCCCCAAUGAACCCCGUGGGCACUCCUGGCUUCUUCCCCCAAUGAACCCCGUGGGCACUCCUGGCUUCUUCCCCCAAUGAACC